AGAAAUCCAGUACUUAUAUAUAUAUGUGCUUAUUAGAAAGGCGAGUUACACGGUGUCGGACAUUGCAUGACUUAUAUGUUACUCGAGCGUAAGCUCUGUUCUUUAGUGAUCUAAUUGUAUCGCGAUGUCGGCUAAAAACGAAAAAAUUGGUAUUAUUGGCAGCGGCUUAAUUGGGCGUAGCUGGGCUAUGCUCUUUGCUAGCGUAGGAUACGAAGUCGUUAUUUAUGACAUUGUAAAAGAACAAAUUGCGAAAGCUCUUGAAGAUGUACAACAGCAAUUGAAGCGUCUUGAAAAUGGCGGUCUUUUAAGAGGUUCGCUUACCGCGGACCAACAAUUUAAAUUGAUCAAAGGAUCAUCCGACUUGGUCGAAACAGUAAAAGGGGCUAAGUUGAUUCAAGAAUGCGUACCCGAAAAUCUGCCGUUAAAACUAAAAGUCUACAACGAACUCGACAAAGUAGUUGAUGACAAAGUAAUUUUGUCUUCGUCUACAUCUACAUUCCGACCAUCCUUGAUUAGCGAAAAACUAAAACAUCGCGAACAAAUGAUUGUAUCACACCCGGUGAACCCUCCGUACUAUGUACCGCUUGUUGAAAUCGUUCCCGCGCCAUGGACACGACCAGAAAUACCAGAACAGACUAAAGCUAUCAUGACUGAAAUCGGUCAAAAACCAGUCGUAUUUACUAGAGAAAUUGAUGGUUUCGCACUUAACCGUAUACAAUACGCGAUUCUGAACGAAACAUGGAGAUUAGUAGCUGAUGGCGUGUUGAGUGCAAAAGAUGUGGAUAUUGUUAUGAGCGAGGGUCUUGGUAUGCGAUACGCUUUCCUCGGCGCUUUCGAAGCCGCUCAUUUGAAUGCUGAAGGAAUGAAGAAAUAUUGUGAAACAUACAAAAACUCCAUCUAUGAUGUCAGCAUGACCUUCGGUCCAACUCCGAAAUUUGAAGGCGAGAUGGCAGAAAAAAUUAGCAAUCAAUUAAAUGAAAUGUGUCCAUUAGACAAACUUCAAGAGAGACGCGCCUGGAGAGACGAAGCAUUGACUAAAUUAUCACUAUUAAAAAAAGAACUGAAUAAAAAGAAAUAAGUUAUUAUUGCGCAUUUGAAAUGAUCUCACAUAGGAAAUGACAUUAUUUUUCUAUUGUUCUUAUUGAAAAAUAAAAAAGAAUAAAAAGUUAUGUACAAGAAUUAUAUUUUGUCAUCGCAUAAAAUGUCUGAAUAGAAGUAGUUCUAAUUUACAUAUUUAACUCCCAACAAGUGCAAUCGUUAAUUGUACUGAUUUUACUGACAGAAG